GGGGCCUUCAGGGGCGGGGCCCGGAGACGCCGGGGCGGGGGGCGGGGCCGGGGAGCGCUCCCAGAAGGCCGCGCGCGCGCCCAGGCGCUUUCUCUUCGCCAUCUUGGGCUCGUGCAGAGGCCGGGACCGAGCGGCAGGAAUGGCCGGAAGGCUGUGGUCGAAAGCCAUUUUCGCCGGCUACAAGCGCGGCCUCCGGAACCAGAGGGAGCACACGGCUCUUCUCAAGAUCGAAGGCGUCUAUGCCCGCGAUGAAACCGAGUUCUACCUGGGCAAGAGGUGUGCUUACGUCUACAAAGCGAAGAACAACACAGUGACUCCUGGCGGCAAACCUAACAAAACCAGAGUGAUCUGGGGAAAGGUGACCCGCGCCCAUGGAAACAGUGGCAUGGUUCGAGCUAAGUUCCGAAGUAACCUUCCUGCUAAGGCAAUUGGCCACAGAAUCCGUGUGAUGCUGUAUCCCUCAAGGAUAUAAACUUACUGAAAAGUAAAUAAAGUCUAGAUAUUUUUCUCG